ACCAGAUAGAUUCAAGAUUCUCAACUACUAAAGCGAUCGAAGAAAGGAACUAAAAACCAAACCAGUGUCUCACUCUCACCCCAGAAACUCAUUGUUGUGUGGCACAACAAACUUCACCAAUGAUGAAAGCCCUCACAAGCUCUUGUUCUAAGGCCAUGGUCGAGACUCUAGGACCCUUCUCUCCCAGAGUUCCCCUUUGUGUUUCUGAUAGACCCGAAUUCUGCUUCACCCUUCGUUCCAAAAGUGAGAAAAAGGGAUGGAAUUUAUUGCUCCUGAAACUGGUUCGAAACAAUGAUCUUUACCCUGUUCAUGCAGUGCCACCAAAGGACCAGGUGGACUUGGAAACUGUGGAGCCUCAGGCUCAACAGAGUGAACAAACAAAUGAAUCAAAGUUUGUUCGUGUAUCGUUCCAGUUACAAAAGACUUGUAAUUUUGGUGAACAGUUUCUUAUAGUUGGAGGUGGUCCUGUGCUUGGUUCAUGGGACCCUUUAGAGGCAUUACCCAUGACAUGGUCUGAAGGACAUGUAUGGGCUGUGGAGCUGGAUAUGCCUGCUGGACAAACAUUCCAGUAUAAGUUCAUACUGAAAGGAGAAGGGGGGGAUAUUAUUUGGCAGCCAGGGUUGGAUCGAUUGAUCCACACUUGGGAAACUAAGAAUAGAAUAGUUGUUCUCGAAGAUUGGGAGAAUGUAGAACUUCAGAAAAUAACAGAGGAAGAUCAACUUGCCUAGCCAAAUGAGGAACCCCAGGUUUGACUUUGAAGUGCCAACUUUAGCUGAAUUUCUUAAUAAUCCUCAAGAAGAACUGGAUUCCAAAGCAUCGGAAAUAUCGUCUGUAUAGUACUUUAGCUGAAUUUCAGUUUUGGCCACUUCUGUUAAUCUGUAUAGUACUAGGAGUUUCAUGGGCAAUAGAUAGCGCUUUUGCUGUAUGUCAUACCAUAGUGAUAGUGAUUUUUAAAAAGGCAUCUUAGAAGAUUUAUUCAUAACAUCUCUCAGAAGAAUAGAAUUUUUCUGAGAAAAUUAGUGUUACUUCA